AUGAAAACCACAUACAGCUUUUCUGUUCGUCAGGCCCCGGAUGGACAGUUCAAGUAUGAGCACGACGGGGCCUUUCUCCAGGAGCAACAGGUGAGGCAGAUGUUGAUCACUCUGCAGUUAGAGAUUGAAUUUGACAAAGGGCAGCAGAGGAUCGAGGAGUUUGAACACGUCCUGCUUAGACUCGCCUUCCCUUCAUUUUACAAUAGUUACAACAAAUCCUGCUGUAAACUCUAUCCAGGAGGAUGCUACAAGCUGCUGGACAGUGCAGGAUUCACCUGUGAUUUACUGAAAGGAAGAGUUACAAAAACUGAGAAAGAUGGCUGGAUAGAAUUUAAAAUAUCGAAUGUGCGGUUUGUGGACGGAGGCUAUUACAGAUGUAUUGUUCUGGGAACUCAAAACCGCAUAUACAGUGAUUACUACGUCGAGGUAUCUGAGGUUUCAGGUCAUCACAGACAGUCUCAGCCUUUACUGACAACGACCAUCAAAGCCCCCAACAGCUCCACAACGCUGCCAGACUCCACUGGUCCUCAUCUGGCACAGGACCACAGUGACAGUCCCAGAGUUCCCUGGAGUUUUGGCCUCCCACUAGCUGUCAUUGUGUCCCUUACAGUGAUGAUUUUGGUCACUUCAGUUAUCGGUGUUGUUUGCUGCAGAGUCAAGGCAAAGUGUAAACAGCCGGACAAAUAUGGAGAAACUCUGUGUGAGUCACAGAAACAAGAGGCCCCGGAAACAAGCGGCAUAGUCUACACAACGGUGGACUUCAGAGCUCACCAGAAACUGACAGAGGUGUACGCAAACCUGAGGGUGCACAAUACACAAACGGCAGCCCCUGACUCAACCUGGAACGCAGAGCAUGAUGGGAUGGUGGAGUACUCCACGCUGGCGAUCCAUCAGUAAAUACAUGUAAAAGCUUUUUUUUCUGUAUUUAAUUGGAUUGAUAUUCUUUGUUACACCCCAGUGUUUCUUAAGGGAACCCCAGUGAUAUUACUUAUAAACAUUAGUUUACUAGUCAUGGUUAGUACUACUCAGCCACACCAGGCAGGAGAGAUCUAACAAAGACAUGCGUUUGGUUGAAUUAAAGGGACAGUUCACUCAAAAAUAAAAAAAAUCAUAUUUUUCCUCUUACUUGUAAUCAUAUUUAUCAUUUUGGUGUGAGUUGCAGAGCACCACAAGCUAAGAGCCAUCUAGAUCCGUUAUAUUGGCGAGAAGGCAGACAUCUCUACAGCUGAUAUCA